CGUUUGCGUGCAGUUCAGCAGAAGUGGGCAAUGCCACGGCCAGUGCGUGUUGCGCGGUCGCAUGUGGAGGUUGUGUUGUUGCCCCACGUCCCGGGUUCGAAUACGAAUGCCUGUGAAAUAAAUAUAAAUAUUUAAUUGUGUAAAUCAAUAUGGUCUGUAAAGUUGCACCCAGUGAUGGUACUCCCACACAUAAAACCGUCGGCAACGAGAGCCAGGAUCAAGCGCAGGGCGUGGCCGAUUAUGAGACUGCUUUGGAUUCAGCUGGAUAUGGUCGCUUCAGCCGGAGCGUAUUGGGUGCGUGCGCAUGCGCGUUCUUCACGACGGGCGUGCAGAACUGCGUGAUGUCUUACGUACUGCCGGCCGCCAAAUGCGAGUUGCGCCUAACUACAUACCAGGCAGGACUUGUCAACAUGGCGUUUAUGUGCGGUGGCGUUGCCAGUGCUUUUUUCUGGGGAAUAGUUGCGGAUGUCUUCGGCAGACGGACUAUCCUCAGCGCUACUCUCCUCAUCGACUCUGUCAUACUGUUGGCUCAGAGCACCGUGUCUGACUACCGUAUACUGCUCGCAGCGAGAACUGUUAAUGGUUUCUUAAUUGGUGGUCCUUCAACGAUCGUGUUUACGUACUUAUCAGACCUGGUGGGUGUGAAGCGUCGCCAACUGUACCUAAACAUAACCGGCAUGAGCUUCGUGGCCGCCUGGCUCAUACUACCUGCCGUAGCAUGGUUGGUGAUACCAUUCAAGUUGGAGAGCCACUCCCAGCUGCCUAUACAUUCCUGGCGGCUCUACCUGGCACUGGGCAGUAUUCCGGGCUUCUUGGCUGGCAUGUGGGUGUUGCUGCUACCGGAGAGUCCUCGACUGCUCUGUGAUACCAACAGGAGUGAGAUGGCGCUGAAGUUAUUGGCUAAAAUACAUAGAUGCAAUAUGGGAUUUGCUGGAGAAUUUAAGGUAAAGAAGUUGAUAACCGAUAAUUUAUUCGUGGCAAAGACUGUUAAUGGAGAAGAGAACAGAACGAAGCUCUUGUUCAUUGGGGUAUUGAAGGACUUGAAGAUAUUUGUGUCUAAGGCAUACGCUUUGAAAUCAACCCUGAUUCUUUUCGUUUUCUUCGCAAAUAUGGCUGCCGGUUUCGGUCUGAAUCUCUGGAUCCCUGAACUACUGCUUCGCAUGCAAGGCAAGGAAUGCGCAUUUGCUCGUAGCAUACCUGAAACCGCAAAGCUAUUCAAUGCCAGCAACGUCGCUUGGAAGGACUUGUCCAAAGUUCAUGACCACAAUUCAGAAAUAGACAGGUUCAAUGGAACACUUUUCAACGCGUAUGAGGGAGUAGGAAGUAGUGUUAGGUGUGAUGAGAACAUUGAUAGCGCUGUGUUUACGUCUGGUCUAAUAGUGGGUGUGUGCUGUGUGCUCGGAAAUGCUGCGUGCGCAGUACUGAGUGGGCGCGGGGGAGCGCGCGGAGUACAGCGGGCAGCCGCGGCGUGCACGCUGGCAUGCGCCCUGGCUUGCGCGUGUCUUGCGGCUUGCGCUUGCUCCUGCGCGACCUCCAGUAAGUUGGCGGUUGCAGCGGCUGCAGCGCUGAACGCCGCCUCGCUGAAUGGCAAUGUAUUGCUGAUUAGACUACUCCUGCACGCACUGCCAGCCAAAUUGAGUGGGCUGGGUGUGUGCUGGGGCGCGUGGUGGGGCCGCGCUGGUGGCGUAGUAUCCAACUUGGCGGUAGGAGUCCUGUUGGACUACUCCUGCCCCGCGCCCUUCAUCUCUGUAGCCGGCUUAUUAACAAUUUCAAUUGGUGCGAUCAUGAUGAUAAAACUAGAUGAACACAAUAACAACGAAUCAGUAGAAGAUAAGACUGAACAAGAAAGUGAGAAGUACACAGGACUAGACAGAUACAUCUCCACUCAUAUGUAAUGGAAGAUAAAUAGAGACUACAAGCGGAGAUUUAUUGU